AUAAACCCAAUAUCAAAAGGCGUGUCGGUUACACAGCAUAGGAGAUAUCCACGUAUUUUCAUCAAACACUGCACCGAAAGAAACGUUGUCAAUCGCCAACACGGUUCAGAAAACAAGCAAAUCAGUGCCAAGCACCUUGGAACCUAUCUGAAAAUGAGUCAACACAACAACGGCGAAACCGACAGCCAUACGUCUAACGACAGGCAAGACGGUCGUGAUCCAUCUCGUUGCGACGGACAGGCCCAUUUGGCUGAGGAUGAUCCCACUCCGAGAGAACUAAUGCGCGCCCCUCAGCUUAGUCAGAUCGGACUAGAAACAACGACAAUGAAGUGCGAAGUCUGCGGAGAAGCACGCUUGUGGACGGGUGGGAGAGAUCUCACUUGCUCAACACCGUGCCGUGACCGGCUAUUUAAAAGAGCAGACGAGCCGCAGAUGGAAAAUGAAGGGGGAAAGGACCUCGAGACGUCGGCGCCAUACACAACCUCCAACGGGAAACCGCGGGAACACUGUCGAGUCCCUGAGGAUUGGGUACCGACGGAAGACGACAUGAAGGUUUACAGCAUCUCCCAUGAUGGUACGAAGGACAGACUCGAAGAUCGUGCAAAGGACUGA